UGAAGAACAAGAUCUUGUACCGGACCAGCGCCUGCAUUAAGAUGCAGAAGACGGUCCGGAUGUGGCUCUGCAGGAGGAAACACAAACCAAGGAUCGACGGCCUGGUGAAGGUGAGAAACCUGAAGAAGAGGAUGGACCGUUUCAGCGAGGUGAUCUCCGGCCUGAAGGAGGGGAAGCAGGAGAUGACCAAACAGAUCCAGGACCUGGAGGGCACCAUCGACUCACUCAUGAUCAAAAUCAAGAGCACCAUCAUGACUCGAAUGGAGAUCGAUCACGAGUUCAAGGCUCUUGUGACCCGGUCGGAGCAGCUGCUGACGGCCAUGCAGAACAAGAAGAAGGAGGAAGAGGAGCGCGAGAGACUGAAGAAGAUCCAGGAGGAGAUGGAGAGGGAGAAGAAGAGGAGGGAUGAGGAAGAUCAGCAGCGCAAGCAGGAUGAAGACGAUCGUCGUCUGAAAUCAGAGAUGGAGCUGAAGAGGAAGCAGGAGGAAGAGGAGAGGAAGAGGAGGGAGGAAGAGGAGAGGAGGAUGCAGGAGGAGAUGGAGCAGCAGCUUCUGUUGGAGCGAGACGAAGAAGCUUCUCGUCAAACUGUUCUGGAGCAAGAGAGAAGAGACCGAGAGCUGGCUCUGAGGAUCGCUCACAGUGAAGCUGAACUCAUCGAGGAGAACACUGACCUGAGGAGUAACGGCUCCUCAGUGCCAUCGUCUCCCGAGAGAGCAGCCUCUGCUGGAGCCACAGCUCUCAAGAGUUUGACCAUGGAAGAAAUGGCGAAGGAAAUGUCUGAGAUGCUGGCGAGAGGCCCACAGGUUCAGGCCACUAAAGCUGCAGCUGGAGCAAAGAAGUACGAGCUGAGCAAGUGGAAAUACGCCGAGCUGCGGGACUCCAUCAACACCUCCUGUGACAUCGAGCUGCUGGCCGCCUGCAGGGAGGAGUUUCACCGCCGCCUCAAAGUUUAUCACGCCUGGAAGUCAAAGAACAAGAAGAGGAACACGGAGACGGAGCAGCGAGUGCCCAAAUCCAUCACGGACUACGAUCAUGCACCUGCUGUGAGAAAAGCAUCCCAGCAGAACCCGGCCCCCGCCCUCCCCGCGCGGCAGCUGGAGGUGGCAUUGAACCGGCAGCAGAGGUACUUCAGGAUCCCCUUCAUCCGCCCGGGGGACGCCUACUCAGACCCUCAGAACACCAAGAAGGGCUGGUGGUACGCUCACUUCGACGGGCCGUGGAUCGCCAGGCAGAUGGAGCUGCACCCCGACAAACACCCCGUCGUCCUGGUGGCAGGUAAAGACGACAUGGAGAUGUGUGAGUUGAGUCUGGAGGAGACCGGCCUCUCCAGGAAGCGAGGCGCAGAGAUCCUGCCCCGGCAGUUUGAGGAGAUUUGGGAGCGCUGUGGGGGGGUGACGUACCUCCGCAGCGCCAUCGAGAGCCGGCAGGCGAGACCGACGUACGCCACCGCCAUGAUGCAGAGCAUGUUGAAAUAAUGGAGAAACACAAAGGGACAAAUGCACCAGCUACCUAACACGGGGGGGGGGUUUCUUUGUGCUGGUGUUCUGUUCCUAACAAGGGAAGCUUUGCAUUGAACCCCAUGCAGACACAUCCCAUUAAUCAUCACCUCUGAUAGUCUGACGUCCAGCUUUAGUGAACCAGGAGAUCAAUACCCCGACGUUUUAUGAUAGAAAGGUAGAGUAGAAACUGCCGGAUGCUAACCUGCAGACGUUGGGACAUUUACACAAUUGGGAUACGCUGCGUUAAUUGCCGUUAAUUUGCGUUAAUUAGCGUUAUAGCCCAUGAGCUAUCCAGCGUUAGUGAACCUGGAACUGUACAGAAAUGUAGAGUAAGGGUCCUCAGCACAUAGGAACUACUGGAUGCUAACACUUAGGAUAUGUUGCGUUCAUUAGCAUUAACAGCCCAUGCACACGGUAAUGGUGGAACGUUUGGAAGUGGUUCUGGGGUUUAUUGAGAAUGCAAACAAAGGGACAAAUGCACCAGCGAGUAAGGGUCCCCAGCUCCCUACCACAGGGGGGGUUUGUUUCUUUUCUUUGUGCUGGUGUUCUGUUCCUAACAAGGGAAGCUUUGCGUUGAACCCUAUGCAGAGACAUCCCAUUAAUCAUCUCCUCUCAGCUUUAGUGAACCUGGAAGAGUUGUUAGUUUUAUGUUAGAAAUGUAGAGUAAGGGUCCCCAGCUCCCUAACACAGGAGAGGGGUUGUUUCUUUUCUCUCUGUUCCUUACAAGGGAAGCUUUGCAUUGAACUAUGCAGAGACAUCCCAUUGAUCAUCACCUCUGAUGUCCAGCUUUAGUGAACCUGGAAGUCUUGUUAGUUUUAUGAUAGAAAUGUAGAGUAAGGGUCCUCAGAACAUAGAAACUGCCGGAUGCUGACCUGCAUAUGUUGGGACAUUUACACAAUUAGGCUAUAAUGCUAAUGAAUGCUAAUUAAAGCAACUUAUCCUAUGUGGACGAUAAUGUCUCGGGAGAUUGGAAGUGGUUUUGGGCGUUUUUGAGGACGCUGAAUCCAUUUCUGACAUUUUCAGGAUGAUAAAUAACUGUUUUUUAACGACGAAGUGGCCAUACUUGUCCUCUGAUUUUGACCACCAUGAGAAGUGAUUCGACCAUUGGAUACAGAGAGCACAAGAUGCACAUUAUAAUUUCUACUGUGGACAACUUUUCUUCUAAUAAAUACGCAAUCUGUCCAAUCCAGAUGAGUCCCCUAAAUCGUCAAAAUCAACCCCAAAUGAAUCAUGAUCGGCCCACAGAGAGCACAGAUAUGUCCACUUUCUGAUUAAAACUGCCUUUGUUGAUCAGAGAUGGAUUCAGCUUCCUCAAUAACCUUCAAAACUACUCCAAAAUUGUCCAAAUCUGCAAAGCAAUUCUGAUUUAUUGUCAACACAAGCUACUGUAUAAUGCUAAUGAAUGCACCUCAUGCUAAUUGCAUAUGCAGGUUAGCUUCCAGUAGUUUCUAUGUGUUUGGGACCCUUACUAUACAUUUCCAUCAUGAAACAUGUCCUGGUUCUCUUUAGGAAGCUGCUAAUCAGACCCUCUGGUUGUUUCCCUGUAACAUUUCUGUAAGUCUAACGACGAGGCCUUACUUCUCUAACGGGGUUCAAACGCCACAUGUACACAACUCUUUUUGUUUUUAAAGCUGCCUCCCCAAAACCAGAUGUGAUUAUGCAUUCCUGACGGUGUGUCUCUUCCAUAUUAACAGAUGUAAACUGUUUACAUCGUCUCCGUGGUUCCUUCAGGACGGGAACACUUGCACAAGGAGCCUCUGUCGGAUAUUUGCUAAUACUUCUUUAUCAUUUUGUCUUUCCAAGCGAAUGUAACUGGAGACCUCUUUGAUUUGUUCCUGUAGUGAUUCCUCUUCUCACUGUGUGUGAUUUCAUGUGUAAUGAGGUCCAAAAAACAUGUGACUUUGACGUGGAACCCUCCAUGGGUUUCUUUUUUUGGCCUGAGCAGUAAUUCAGCUCUCUGAUUAUUUGUGUGCUUAUUAAGCGAAUGAUUAUGCAACUCCUCUGCAGAAAGAAGUCCUUCAAACCAUCGUUAAAUCUUUUUACUCGAGGGAACGACUUGCCAACGCACUGAUUCCCAGGUUUCUCAUCAUGACAAAUAAUCCAAUCAUUCCACUGUGUUGUUUAAAAGUAUAAUUUGAUUCCUAAAAUGUUAAGAGAUGAUUGAAUCUCACGUCAGAUGUGGACGUUUUGAGAAGAUAGCGGUGAUGCUCUGGUGAUCAGACGUUAACUGGAAGGUACAGUUUCUUACAGCAGGUGCAGAAGUGUUUGCAGGCAAGUGUAUUUUUAAAAGGAACCGUUUGUACUUCACCAGAAGCAAUAAAUCUAGCUAACUAAGCUUACGGGGGAAAACAGAAAGCCUCCUGUGACGGGAACAUUGUAAAUUAAGAGACAAUCUGCUGCUGUGAUGCUCCACCUUUAUUCACCUGAGGUUGUUCUUCUCAAACAAAGCGCUGACGUAGAUAAUCUGAAAGCAUGAACAUCUGUCUUGUUGCAAAGAAGCUGAUCCUCCUUUUUUACAAAUGGCAUUAACGUGUGGGAAAGCCGGCGGGAAAGCCAUGAACAAAAGAUCCACGGAGACUCUGGAUUACAGUCGAGCAAAAACACAAAGAAAUCGACAUGUCCCGGUUCAAAUGAGCCGACUACCUUUUGGAAAGACUCCAGGGACUUUAGAAACAACACAGGUGUAAACAAACUGAGAGAGGAAGACUCAACCUGACCAAAACUGUUGUUUGCUUGGAAACAAACAUCUACAAUUCCCCCUGUUUAUUCUCAUUUAACAUCAGUCUCUUGCUCCAUAUUUGCAAUCUGUAAAGUCCAAUUCAUGCAUUACAAAAAGUGAAAAAACCCUUGAAUCAGUUCAGGUUGAAACUGAGUUACAUCUGCAAGGACUUCAAUUAGCAUUUUAAAGCUAGUUUGAGAACUGAGGACGUAGAAACACAGGAUUCAAGAGCGUUGGGUGCAUGAAGACAAACCUUUCCUUCCUGCUUCGAAGCACGUUAAUGCCGGGUGUAAACGGGCGACUUCCUGAUCUUUACCGCCCUGACACACUCCCUGAAAACCUGCUCCACACAUCACAAUCAUUCCUGGGGAAGCACUGCCUUUGUCCACUGUCACUUUUCUAACGCUGAUCUCUAACAGAAGAAUAAAAGCAUUCCAUGUUUCACCAAA